AUGAAGGCAGGCAUUCAAAAUGCAUGGGGAUUCAUCUUAGAACCUGAUCAUUCUUAUACAGCUCCUGUUUGGUUAACGGAAUUUGGUACAAAUGUCGAUCAAUUUACAGGUGAUAAUACUUUUAUUGAUUGUGUUAAAGGCUUUUUUCAAACAUCAUUCACUGAAACAAUGUCUUGGUCUUAUUGGGUAUUAGCUGGCAGUUACUAUAUUCGAUCUGGUACAAUUGAAUUACAUGAAUCGUUUGGUUUGUUAACAGAUAAUUGGAAAGAAAUCAAAUCAAAAUCAUUUAUCGAUAUUCUUUCAACAAUGUAA